AUGACGAGGGCUUUCGUCGUUGUUUCUCACGGGGUUGGGGCGGUGUUUGCGCCAGGCGCUAAAGAGCGCUGGCGAUGGAGCUCAAGGAUCUCUUCGACGAUCAAGGCUAUCUCGUCCUUGAGAAUUUUGCUAGCGAUGAUGAGUGCUCGGGAAUGAUGAGCAGAAUGGAGUUUCUGUUGGAAGGCUUUGAUCCACAGACGAUAUCAGUCUUCUCGACUAAGAAUCAGAAGGAGCGCACGGACAAUUACUUCUUUGAAAGCGCGAAUAACAUCUCCUUCUUCUUCGAAGAGAAGGCGUUUGAUCCCGAAGGGAAGCUCAAACAGCCCAAGUCUCUUUCGAUUAACAAAGUCGGCCACGCUUUGCAUGAACUCGAUCCAGUCUUCAAAAGUUUUACAGAUUCCAAGAAAGUAGGAGCAUUACUAGAGCUUUUGGGAUAUAAAAAACCCGUGUUGAUGCAGUCCAUGUACAUCUUCAAGCAACCGGGAAUCGGUGGCGAAGUUGUUCCUCAUCAGGAUAAUUCUUUUCUCUACACGGAUCCACCAUCCUGCACGGGGCUUUGGCUGGCAUUGGAGGACGCAAACAAAUCAAACGGCUGCUUGUGGGUGCUGCCAAAGUCUCACAGAGAUGGAGUUGCGAGGAAGUUUUUGCGAGACGAGAACGGGGUCAAGUUUGACAAAUCUCCCCCAACUUAUGAAAUGUCUCAGUUCAUCCCCGUUGAAGUGAAAGCGGGCUCGCUAGUCGUAAUUCAUGGCAACCUUGUGCAUCAAAGCUUUGAGAACAAAUCUAGCAAAUCCAGGCACGCAUACUCUGUCCACGUUGUGGAGAGUGAGGACUGCGUUUGGUCCAGUGACAACUGGAUUCGGAAGAAAAACCUUGGCUGAUCAAAGGUACAGGAGUUCCAGUUUCGCAAAUCCUAUCGUAGAGAAUAGAGAAAACACUACUUUUUAUACCAUCUUGUUGAGAUACUGGACAAGACCAUCGAAAUCCACUGCAUGUCCGAAAUUG